AUGGAAACACUAAUAGAUCCAAAAAAUGAUAGACAUGUCAAAACUGUAAUUGCACCACCACAUAAACCUUUAUUAAAAAAUUUAAUGUGGCCUAAUAAAAAUAAUAUUAAUAAACCUGAUUGGAAAUAAUUACGAGAUCAUCUUUCAAAAGAAGGUAGAAUUUAAAAAGAAGAUUUACUAAAAUUAAUAUUAGAAUGCAAUAAAAUAAUGAAAAAUGAAUCUAAUUUAUUAAGUUUAUAAGAUCCAGUAACAGUAGUUGGAGAUAUACAUGGAUAAUUUUAUGAUUUAUUAAAAAUAUUAGAAGUAGGAGGAAAUUUAUAAAAUACAAAAUAUUUAUUUUUAGGAGAUUUUGUUGAUCGAGGAUCUUUUUCGAUAGAAGUUUUAAUUUUACUAUAUGCUAUAAAAAUAAAUUAUCCUAAUACAGUAUAUUUUCUAAGAGGAAAUCACGAAUGUCGUUAAAUGACUUCAUUUUUUAAUUUUCGAGAUGAAUGUAAAUAUAAAUAUGAUUAAGAAGUAUAUGAUAUACUAAUGGAUUAAUUCGAUUAUAUACCAUUAUCAUGUAUAGUAAACGGUAAAUUUUUAGCUUUACAUGAAGGUAUAUCACCAGAACUUAGAAAUUAGUUUAAUUAUACAUAACAUCCAUAUUUAUUGCCACAUUUUAUGGACAUUUUUACUUGGAGUAUUCCUUUUGUAUCUGAGAAAAUUACAGAAAUGUUAUUUGUUAUUCUUAGAUAGGAAUAAGAUAAUAAUUCUGAUUCAAAUGAUGGUUUAAACAACGAUGAAAUUUAAUAAUUAUAAGAUUUUUCUAAAAAUAAUGCUGCUAAAUACAAUUCUGUAGAUUUAGAAUUUUCAAAAAAAGGAGAUGUUUUGAGAAAUAAAAUAAAAUUUGUUUCAAAAAUGAUGAAAAUGUAAAAAAUUCUAAGAUAAGAAUCAGAAACUAUUGUCAAAUUAAAAGGAUAGUGUCCAGAUAAUAAAAUACCUAAAGGUAUUUUAUUAAAUACAGAUGCUAUGAAUAAUAUUUUAAGUUCAUAUACUAAUGCUAAAAAAGCUGAUUUAGUUAAUGAAAAAAGGCCUGAUAUUAAUAAUACUACUGUUUAAAAAUAAAAUAUAAAAAAAUGA